AUGAAUGGUGUUCAACGUAGUAAUAAUUAUGACUCCAAUCGUUCAGCAUUAGUGGCUGUAGAUAAUAACUGUGCAUAUCUCUCAUUGGCACGUGAAUUCAUUUCGUCCCUCCACAGGCCGAGCGCUAUAUUUGAUACGCAAUUUGAUUGGUGCUAUUGUAUCGCAUGCUAUAAAACUGAAUGGGAUGAUGUUUUGCAAGCUGGUGAAGCUUUCUAUGUGAUACCACGAGAUUGGGUUCGACUUGGCAUCCACAUUGACCAUGUUGUGGAACAAAUUCAUGGGAUUUGGGAUAGUUGGUAUGUUACUUUCCAUGGGACAUCAAAAGAAGCAGCAAUAUCUAUUUUAAAACAUCGUCAAUUUAGUAUUCCAGGUGAUCAACUACUCAGUGGCUCGUUUCUUUCAAUUCAUCCUGGGCAUAUUCCAGAAAAACGGUAUAUCUAUACGUCACCCACCAUUGCCUACUCAAGUCUUCCCGUUUACUGCCCAUCAUAUAAGUUCAUCUCACAGGAAGGCAACCAAUACCAAGUCAAACUGGUACUUGAAUGUCGACAAAAUCCAGAGUUGAUGCACGUUCAGCGUGAAACAGUGGGUAGAGGAAUGGAAAGAAUCUGUCCUUACAUUUCAAAUGAAAAGAUUGAGUAUUUCACUGAAGCGCGAGCCUCACUUGUUGCCUACGGCCUAGUACUGUAUUUUGAAGAAGAGAAUUGAUAAUUUAUAUGCGUGUGGAUCUGGGUGUGGAUGUGGGUUUCGAUCUAGCGACACUUACAUCCAUCCCCGCACCCACACCCCACACCCACUCACACACCAACACCAACACCACACUUUAAUGGUUUCUGAUUUAAUCUAUUCAUUUAAUAAAUAUCAAAGAAUCAUCAACGGAGAGUGGAGGUAUCUCACGAGGGAAUCUCCCGAGAUGCCCAACGCCGAUUCCCUUCAUUCACACGUUGCUUGAUAGAGGGCAUCGAGAUAGGAAAAAGCUCAAAAGGAUUUGGGCUGACAGCUCUUCCUUGAAACGUUAUGGUCAAUUUUCUGUUUUUCCCAGCCAAAAUGGCUGAAAAUUGAAAAUCUUACAAUUCAGUCAAAAAAGACCGUAUAUACUUGAAAUUUCCAGCACUACGAGGUCACACCCGUUUCUGAUU